GAGAUGCAGACUCGGACUGGGGGGAUACAGACCCUACCAGGUACCUAGCACUCGGGUUUCGGCAAAUCAGCGUCGAGCCAGAUGCGAUAUCGCUUGCAGCCCGACCGCGACUCGGACCUUUCAGACUCGGGCUCGUCCGCGAUUAUUUUGUUCCGCACACAAAAGCUUCUGCUUACGAUCUUUCGGACCGUGUCUAUCCGCACUAGGGACGCCCAUACUGCCAGAGCCAGACCAUGUUUUGAGGACUGGUAGACGUCAAUCUUCGACGUAAGCUGUCCUCUGCCCUUGAUGCAGCUCCUCAAGACGGGCGCCUUUGUGCGAGCAGCUCGAUCUGCUAGGAUUGGAGUCUGCGGAGCUCGGACUCGAGCUUCAACUUCAGCUCCCUCCUCCGCUACCGCUACCAGUACCUCCUUUUUCGUGCCGUCAAGAUGCUUGAGCUCGGAGGCCGCUGCAGAUACGCAACGUGCCUUUCCUGAACAGUCGGUCGACAUCUCUCGAGAAGUUGAUCCUGCAAAGACUGCCCCUGAUGGCUCACACUCAAACUCGGAUCCGGACCAGGAGCGGUUCAAGCAAAAGUUAAAAGAACUGGGUCAUGGAAAGAAACUGGUCCAGGACAGUCUCUCGGGGGUCAACAUACUGGGCAAUCCGCACGUCUUUGACCAGACCACCAAUGUCUCAGACUCGAUCAUCCAACUUGUCGGGCGGAAUCUCUACAGCAGUCCUGAUCAUCCUAUUGCCAUAACGAGAAGACUGAUCGAAUCGUGUUUUCCGAAACCAACCUACAACCACUUCACGGUGGCAGACCCGGUCGUGACGACGCAUGAAAACUUUGACGUGUUGGGGUUUCCAGAAGACCAUCCGGGCCGGUCCAGGACGGACACGUACUAUAUAAACUCGACCCAUCUCUUACGGACACAUACAUCUGCGCACCAGCAUGCAGCAUUCCAGUCGCUGGUCAACGACGAUGCUGCUAAGGGAUACACCAUCUGCGCCGACGUCUACCGACGGGACAGCAUCGACAAGAGUCAUUUCCCCGUCUUCCAUCAGAUGGAGGGCGCCCGUGUAUGGCAUCUACCACUGUCAGCCGGUUCCAGGUACGAAGCCCAGCUGCAGCGAAAAGACACCAUCGAGAAAGAUGUGCAAGAGAUACCUACGACUCGAUUAGCCGUCGAGGACCAAGCUACCAAGUUUCUCAAGGGCUCCAACCCCACCCAGCUUGAGCAUGAUGCCGAAGAAGUGCGGUUUGUCGUGGCCCAUCUGAAGAGAAGCCUAGAGUACCUUGUGAAUGGGGUCUUCGAAGCUUCGAGAGAGAUGAUACCGCCCGCGCAGCGAGAGAAGAUGGGUCCCUUACAAGCCCGCUGGAUUGAAGCUUAUUUCCCAUUCACGAGCCCCAGUUUCGAGCUCGAAGUGCUGUGGAAUGGACAGUGGCUAGAACUCCUCGGAUGCGGAGUCAUUCAACAACCCAUCCUCAACAACGCCGGCCUGAAGAACAGCAUUGGCUGGGCAUGGGGUGUGGGCAUUGAAAGGAUCGCCAUGCUUCUGUUUGGCAUCCCUGAUAUCCGCCUAUUCUGGUCCGAGGACAAGCGCUUCCUGCAACAGUUCAAGCAAGGCACCAUCACGAAAUUCGAACCUUUUAGCAAGUACCCUCCUUGCUACAAGGACAUUGCGUUCUGGAUCAACUCGUCCCCAGCAGCGGCGUCGCCCAUCGGCGCAGAAUCGUCCUCGUCAUCCGGCGUGGCCGCUGCCGCUGGUGGGGACGCCACCAAAGCCUCACCUGCAGAAACCCAACCCGCUGCGUUCCAUGAAAACGACAUCAUGGAAGUCGUCCGGGACGUGGCAGGAAAUCUUGUCGAGGACGUGCAGCUCGUCGACGAGUUUGUGCAUCCGCGCACCGGCCGGAAGAGCUUGUGCUACCGCAUCAACUAUCGAAGUCUGGAACGGACCCUGACCAACGAUGAAGUCAAUGACCUGCAUAACCAGGUCGCGGCCAAGAUGAAGUCACAAUUCAACAUUGAGCUGAGAUAAAAAGGUAAAGACUAAGACUGGAUAAUUCCAAUCCGGCAGUCUUUUCUCUUGUCAUCAGCACUCGCAAGCAGUGUGGUGCAGUUCUCCAGAUCACGGUCCUUCGAGGCUGGCUUGAAAAGCAAGUGCGACGCAAUACGCAGGCUCUUGCGCAUGGCAAUACUCCCCGUGUCGACGACUUAUUGAUUACGCCCCGAAGGACCACGGCAUCCUGUGUCAUGAAUCCCAGGACCUGCCGUCGUCAAUCGAUUUCGUACGGUGGUCUUUAUCAGGACCAAGACAUCUCUUCUCAGUUGGUCUCUGGUAUGGAAGUCUUUGUUAGACGUCGAACGAGUCCCCUGAUGUUGUCGGACACCACCGUUGCUACUCCAGUACUCGCCAUCAAUCAAACACAUUCAAUCCAUGACCAGCCGUAGGUCCAGGUCCUUAUCUCGACGCCCCGGCCAGUCGUGGUCUGUGUGUCUCCGUGUGGCCGUUAGCUACCUCCCUAGGCUUCAUCUUCAUCUUCAAACCUCCUCCAACUGAAGUCCGCGCGGCACCUCAUCGCCACUCCACUCCCCUUUCCUCUUUAGUCGCUCCAAGCCAUAUCUAUCAACAACUUGAAUGUUGAAGCUAACACCUACCUGCAGUUGGCCAACAGAUACCUCUAGUAGUUGCAGUGAGCAGGCCCAUUUCUCCCAGCUUGACUGACUGGCUCUGUAUUACUAUUACUAUUACUAUUACUAUUAC